CUUAGCAAGUAGUUGAAAAUUGUAAUUUUUGUUUAUUUUUUACAAUUUAAGCUUAAGUCCUGUGCACAUUUAUAAUCCAAAUAAAUGGUUGUAUACACAUAUUUUAGGCCCUAGUCUUGCCAAGUAUUUUAACAAAUAUUAUUUUUUUCAUAAAAUGAGUUUGGAAUCUGUUAAAUAUGAAAGGGGAAAGCUGGAAAUAUUGGACCAACUGCUAUUGCCCCUGCAGACGAGAUAUAUAAAAGUACAAGGUGUGGAAGAUGGAUGGCGGGUUAUUAAUAAAAUGCAGGUGCGUGGUGCACCUGCUAUAGCAAUAGUUGGUUGUCUAUCACUAGCAGUUGAAUUAUUAAAAGACAACAGUUUGGACAAAAAGAUAAUGCGACAAGAGAUUGAAGGUAAACUGAACUACCUGGUGUCUGCACGACCAACAGCUGUUAAUAUUAAACUGGCAGCCGAUGAGCUUAUAAAUUUAGCCAAUACUCUGAGUGCCAAUGAAGAUGUUUCGCCUGAGGGAUUUAAAGAGAAAUUCAUCAGCAGCAUAGAAGGUAUGCUUAGCAAAGACAUAGAGGACAACAAAGCCAUAGGCAAAUACGGUUCCGAGGCUAUUUUGAAGAACAUCGAAGGCGAGGGUUCCGUGCGAGUGCUCACGCAUUGCAACACGGGCUCGCUGGCCACGGCGGGGUACGGCACGGCGCUGGGCGUGAUACGGUCGCUCCAUGAGUCCAAAAGAUUAGAGCGCGUGUACUGCACUGAAACCCGUCCGUACAACCAAGGCGCCCGGCUCACGGCCUACGAGUUGGUUCACGAGAAGAUCCCGUCCACGCUCAUCGUGGACAGCAUGGUGGCCGCGCUGAUGCGCUCCAGGAAAAUCAAUGCGGUCGUUGUUGGGGCUGACAGGGUUGCUGCAAACGGGGACACCGUGAACAAAAUCGGCACCUACCAAAUAGCGAUCCUGGCGAAACACCACGACGUCCCGUUCUACGUGGCGGCGCCGUUUACCUCCGUAGACCUGUCUCUGGGGUCCGGCGAGCGAAUCAAGAUCGAGGAGCGUCCAGACAGGGAAAUGACGCACAUUGGAGAACAUAGGAUUGCUGCGCCAGGAAUCAAAUGUUGGAACCCCUCCUUCGACCUCACACCAGCUAACCUUAUUACGGGAAUUAUUACAGAAAAGGGAGUGUUUCCUCCUGACAGAAUAAAGGAGUAUAAAUAAACCGAAAUCAAAUCCUUCAUUCAGUGCCUUCAAGUUUACCAAUUGUUUAUUAAGUAUA